AUGGACGUCUCCUUUCAGUCGAUAGAUCUUGUACCGCUAGCUGAGGCCUCAAUGCAUUUUGAGUUGAAGGUACAUGCCUCGGCAGAGAACGAUUGGGUUAUCGGGCCCGGAAGUGAACGCAUGUUGCAGUCAACUGGAACGACAGCAAAUCAAGGCUUUGAAAUGUCGUCGGCAAUGAAAUUCUGCUACUAUUCGAAGAAUCAAAUUCGAAGGACUCUAUCGUCGAGCCCGUCCACGCCGGACGGUCGAUUUGAGGAAUUCAAAAGGAAAUUCAGGCGAAGCGGUUCACUUGGAAUCCCGUUUGUUCCUGAGGAGGACAUCAAAGAACUGUUUGGCAAAAAG